GGAGGAUACAGUGAGAAGAAGUUUGUUGGAUUGGUAUGCUGGCGAGAUGAGGAGGCAUUUUUUGAGGAAUUGGAGGGGGGGUUUGGUGAAGCUUUUGAAUCACCCCCAGAAGGACGGCCUUUUACAGGAGAUCGUGCGCUGGUUGCAGCUGGCCAGGAGGGUGUACUUUGCGCCUCUGGUGGAUUUUUUGCUGCCGUUGCUGGAUGCGGCGGAGCAGGAGAGCGUGUUUCUCAAGCUGCGCAGGUCGUUUCAUAUGAUGGUCGCUUAUGCACUGCCGUGGUCAUUACGAUCGGCGCUGCUGACGCGGGAGAUUAUGAAGGAGGCGAUGGUUAUUUUGGGGAUUGAUACCUUGAGGGAGGAGACGGAUGCGAGCGAUUCCGACAGCGUGGAUGAGAUGGAGGUGGAUCGCCAGUACUCGGUGUCGUAUCGCGACUGGCGUGAGGAGUCGUCGGAUGAGCUCCGGAUGCAGAUGAUGAUGGAGGAGGAUGCACGGGUGAGUGAGGCGCGUCAGCGGCUGUUGACGCUGUUCGAUGGGCUGCAGCUGGUCGGCAUGGGCGGGGAUAAGGCGCAGAAGGUUUUCGCGAGUGUCAUGGACGCCAUGAUGAGUGAGUUUAUCCGGGCCGCGUAUACGGGUCGGUGGGAAGCUCGGUCGCUCGUGGUGCAGCAUCUACGGCAGUGGAUUGAGAACGUGUUCGCGCGACUGGUGGUGCAGGUCCUGGCGAUUAUCAACGCGCCGGAGUCGGGGACCCGGGAGCCGGAUUGCUUGGAUGUGAGUCCAAGUGACGUGGAGAAGUGGCAGGAUAUCGGUAUUGCGCGGCUGGGGGCACUCCGGACGGGCGAGCUCUUCGAUGUGAUCGUCGAGUGGCCUGCCAGCGGUGGCGCGAUUGAGGAUCUACGCUAUUUCACUACGCACCCGGCAGCGCGGUUUCAUCUCGCACAGUCGUUUAUUGCGGUCCUGAAUCAGCGGUUGCUGCAUCCGGGCGCGUCGACGGUCGAGAUCUUGCAGGUGUAUAUCUCGAUCAUCCGGGCAUUCAGUCUGUUAGAUCCCAAGGGCGUUCUCCUGGAUCGGAUCGCGCGGCCCAUUCGCAGAUAUCUACGUGAUCGAGACGACACGGUCAAGGUCAUCGUCGGUGGUCUGCUGGCUGACCCGGCCGAUGCGGACGGCCAGACAUCCUCUCCCACGGACACGCUGGUCGAGCUGUCAGCCGAGCUGGCCAAGGCUCAUCAAAAUUCCCUCCGCGCCGACAGCGGGGAGCUCGACUGGGACGACAUGAACUGGGUGCCCGACCCGAUCGACGCCGCACAAGACUACCGAAAGUCGAAGACAUCGGACGUCAUCGGGAGUCUGAUCAGCUUGUUCGAGUCCAAGGAGAUGUUCGUGAAGGAAAUGCAGAACAUGUUGGGCGAGCGACUCCUGCAGAAACGCGAGGACUUCGUCCAGGAGAUCUCCGUCUUGGAACUGCUGAAGGUGCGCUUCGGCGACAACGCCCUGCAGGCCUGCGAGGUCAUGCUACGCGAUAUCUCCGACUCGCACCGCGUGGACAGCAUCGUGCGCAACGACCAAGGGCUGAUCGGAGGGCCUGGGUCCGGAGGCCGCAGGGCCCUCGUCCCCAUCACCCCCGACGGCCGACGCGACAUGCAAAGCGAAGACGACGACGACGAAGACAUGCCGGAGCUGCACGCGAAGAUCCUCUCGCACUUUUUCUGGCCCGAGAUCCAGGGCCCCGAAUUCAAGGUCCCCGAGGAAAUCUCCUCUCUACAGCAGCGAUACGCACAAGGCUUCGGCGCCCUGAAACAAUCCCGCAAACUCACCUGGCUGAACGGCUUGGGUCAGGUCACCGUCGAGUUAGACCUCGAAGACCGCGUCUUCGUCGACGAAGUCACCACCUGGCAAGCGACCGUGAUCCACGCCUUCAACUCCCCCUCUCCUUCCUCCUCAGACCCCACCUCCACCACCAAAACCACCGACACCCUCGCCCAGCAACUCUCCAUGUCCCCCGCUCUCGUCCGCAGCGCCUGUCUCUUCUGGGUAAGCAAACGCAUCCUCAUCGAACCCCACCGCGACACCUUCCGCGUCCUCGAAGUCCUGCCCACUGAAGACACCGACCCCGCCCCAGGAGAAGCAGGCACCUCUACCAAUCCCGCAGCAGACAACAAUAAUCCAUCAUCCGCCGACACCGCGCAAGCAGCUGCCGACGCCGACGCCGCCGCAGCCGCUGCGGCCAAGGAAUCGGCGGAGGCGGCCGCGAUGGAGAAGAUGAAUCUGUACUGGCAGUUUAUCGUGGGCAUGUUGACGAAUCAGGGCGCAAUGCCCUUGCAGCGGAUCGUCAUGAUGCUGAAGAUUGCGGUCCCCGGUGGGUUUCCGUAUAGUAAUGAGGAAUUGCGCGAGUUUUUGGCGGGCAUGGUGGCGAAGGGGAAGGUGGAGAUUGGGAGUGGGGGGAGUUAUAAGAUUGUGUAGUAG